GACAUCUCAACCUAUAUUUCCCUAGUAAAUGUGAUUCCUAGUGCAAAUUCUACUUCUAGAUUACUUUUCAUUUUCAUUCGUACAGAGAAAAAACUGCAAGACCCGCAUCCUAUAAAGCAUCAUCUGUUCAAAUUCACCCCACAAAUCUUGCUCUAUUGUACUAACUCUUUUCUCUCAAUUUCUCAAUAGCAUGAAACACCCCUUCUGCAAUUUCAGUUCCUUUAUGAUCAGAGACUGGAGAAGACGAUGAAUUUACGCGAAUUUCUCGUGUUUGUGUUAGGGUUUGUGCUUUGCGCGAGUAUCUGUACUAACGGAGAAUCGUCAAAAUGUUUGACGGUAUAUGAAGAAGGCGGUGCACCUGCCGUGUUUCAAUCUCCGAAAUGCCCUCGCUGGAAAUUACCAGAUUAUGGUUCUGAACAAUGGUCGAAAUUGCCGAAUACUAGGUGCCAAACUGCCUUACAUCAAGGUCGCCGUAAGUCUCAAGAAGAUCGAAUUCUCUGUGCUCUCGAUAUUCGCGCCCCGUUCCCCGGAGAAGCAGACUACGGUUGACGGGAUUUCUGUUUUACAUCUAGCAGUUGGCAGUAAUGGUAUUACUGAGGUUACUGUUGGUGUUGCCGCUGUUUUUGAUGGUCAUAAUGGUGCUGAAGCAAGUGAAAUGGCAUCAAAGCUAUUACUACAGUAUUUUACAUUGCAUACAUUUUUUCUUCUUGAUGCAACAUUUUCGGUUCUUUCGAGGAAAAUGAUUGGGCUCUUGCCAAAUGAAAGAGGACAGAGUACUCUACAAGACCUGAACUGGGAGCUGGAUGAGUUGAAAGUUGGGAGGCUCAAGUUGACCGUUUCAUCAAUCAUUGAUCGAUCUUUUCACUUGGAAAUAUUGAAGGAAGCAUUGCUAAGGGCAAUUGAUGAUAUUGACUCUGCAUUUUCAAGGGAUGCGUUUCGACACAAUUUUGAUUCUGGCUCUACGGCCACAGUUACUCUUAUGGCAGAAAAUCAAAUUUUAGUUGCCAAUAUUGGAGAUUCAAAGGCAUUUUUAUGCUCUGAAGAAUUUAAAUCUCAAGAAGAGUCUAAAGCAAAUUUAUUAAGGUUAUAUAGGCAAACAAGAGGCUUUGGAAUUUUCGAACCUGUGAAGAACUUCCGAAGCUUCAAGUUGGCAGCUCCUGACCAGUGGCCUUUUCUGAUUGCUAAGGAACUGACUAGAGACCACCAUCCAGAUAGGGAUGAUGAGAGGUCUCGAGUGGAGACUGCAGGAGGACAUGUUUCUAAAUGGGGUGGCAUAGCUAGGGUUAAUGGUCAAUUGGCUGUUUCUAGAGCAAUAGGUGAUGUGUAUUUUAAAAGUUAUGGCGUUAUAUCUGCUCCUGAAGUCACUGAUUGGCAACCUUUGACAGACAACGACUGCUAUUUGGUGGCUGCAUCUGAUGGUGUUUUUGAAAAGCUUAGCUCACAGGAUGUUUGUGACAUAUUAUGGAAUUUGCACGCUGAUUUCUCUGUACAAUCAGAACUCACUUAUUCAUGUUCAUACUCCUUAGCUGACUGCAUAGUGAAUGCUGCUUUUGAAAAGGGUAGUAUGGAUAACAUGGCAGCUGUUAUCCUUCCAGUUAGAUUGAAUGAUUCAAUGCAGACAGCAGUGAAGAAAACGCAUGGAAGAAUGAGAAAGUUUGAUUGCUCAUCUUUAGGAGAUAGUAAAUAUAUUUCUCAACAUUCAGUGUUUAGCGAGGAGGAGGAUGGUCAUCCGCUUGCUUCCAAUUUGGGCAGAUUAUUGGUUGAAGGAAAGCACAGCAGUUUAGGAUGUUUCUAUCUAUCUGAGAACCUUGAUGUUAACGAUGAGUAUACCUUUUGGGUUCAGAAGGACGUCGAUGAAUAUGAACACGGGCUUCUCCAUGCUUUACCUGAUAGCGUUGGUCAUAGUUCUGGUGGAGCGUUGGAUCUAUAUAAUGAUCAGCACAUGUGCGUGCACUUUGGGAUGAACUUUAGUGAUAAUAAUAAUCAGUGCAUUAAUCCUGAAGGCUUUGCUAGGUUCCUUGGUUUGCUAGAAUCUAUUCCAUUCAAUGAUAGCAGUACAAAUGAUCAUGCCAGAGCAGAUUCAAGGUACAUUCUGAAGAAGAAAUAUGAUCGUGGAUCUUAUGGUGAAGUUUGGCUUGCUUUUUAUUGGAAUUGUUCUCAUGUCAUCAAGUCUCCCAAAACUAGCAAUUUCUCAGCUAAUACGAUGGGUGAGGGGCCCAAUUAUGAUACAAGGAAGAAUCCAUCAUCUGCUGAUGUCUGUGAUGGCUCUUCCGAAGGCAGCAUGUUCAUUUUGAAGCGUAUCAUGGUAGAGAAAGGCACCUCUGUCUAUUUAAGUGGGCUGCGGGAGAAAUAUUUUGGUGAACUCUUCUUCAAUGCUUAUACUGUUCUUGGAGGUUCACUACAAGCUGAAGAAUCAAAUUCCCUCUUGCUAAAUAUAAGACCCGAACUGCAUGAUCCUGUGGAAAUAAAAGAAUCAGGGGAUCUAGGAAGCCAGAACACCUCAAGGUUCAACAAAGUGUAUGGUAAAAAGGUGGAGGAUAUGCUGAGAGCUUCCUUUGAUGGUGGUCUUAAUCACAUUGCCAGAUAUGUGGAGUCUUUUGAGUCUCGAUCCAAUGAGAUAUGGCUUGUGUUUCGCCAUGAAGGGAUAUCCUUAUCAAAGCUUCUCUAUACAGCUGAAGAAGUGAUAAAUAAUCCGGAGGAAGAAAACGAAAAUAUAAAGCAUAUUCAGAUAUUACAUCCAUCAAAAUGGUGGAAAUGGUUGAAGACAACAGAAGCAGGGCGAGAGGAAAUGCGUAAUCUGAUUUGGCAAUUGUUGAUGGCACUUAAGUCUUGUCAUGAUCGCAAUAUCACCCAUAGAGAUAUAAAACCUGAAAAUAUGGUCGUUUGCUUUGAGAAUCAAGAUUCUGGGAGGUGCUUGAAAGGGUAUCCGAAUGAAGAUGAGAAUUAUAUAACUAAAAUGCGUAUUAUUGACUUUGGUAGUGCAGUAGAUGAGUUCACAUUGAAGAACUUGUAUGGGUCAGUGGGGCCUUCAAGAGCUGAACAAACUUAUGAAUAUACUCCACCUGAAGCUCUUUUGAAUGCGAGUUGGUACCAAGGACUGACUCCCACUGCCAUGAAGUAUGAUAUGUGGAGUGUUGGUGUAGUGAUCUUAGAACUGGUUUUGGGUACGCCAGAUGUGUUUCAGGUGAGUUCUAGGACACGUGCCCUUUUGGAUCAGCACCUGGAGGGUUGGAAUGAAAGCUUGAAGGAGCUUGCCUACAAACUCAGAUCUUUCAUGGAAAUGUGUAUUCUGAGCCCUGGAGUUACCUCAAAACUUCACCAAACUAGAUCGAAAUAUAGCCAGGCCUCAGCUUUACCAGCUCCGUGGAAGUGCUCUGAAGAGUUCUUUUCUCGUCAAAUAAAAAACAGGGAUCCUCUGAAGAUAGGGUUCCCAAACAUAUGGGCAUUGCGAUUAGUACGUGAAUUAUUACAAUGGAAUCCUGAAGAUCGACCAAGUGUUGAUGAGGCUCUAAAGCACCCAUACUUCUCGCAAAGGUGAUAAAAGUUCCAGGUGGGAUACCUGCUUCUGUAUGAACAGCUAAAAGACAACACAGCCUGCAGACCUUUUACCCAAGGGUCUCUGAUUCGGAUGCCUUGUGGCCACCCACUUGGAGAUUGUUGUCUAUGUUCGUUCCUCACAACUCCGUCUUGAAAUGGCCUAAUGGAAACCGGGACUUCACAAGUGCAGCUGAUGGCUAUUUCGUUGAACUUAUUACCUGGUGUGUAAGCUGGAAGAAUAGAGAAAUGGGCUGCAAAGAAUGAAGACCUUGGAGAAUAUGGGUCUUUCUUCAUUCUUUACGUUGCAAUACGAAAUUUCAUGCAACUAAUACUCCAAUGUCUAUUCUUUGGGAGGGUAAGCAUGACAUGACUUUUAGGAUUUAAGUCAUAUAAAUGGGUAAAGUGUAUAUUAUAUAGUGUAGUUUAGCUGGUUAUAGUUAACGACGUGUUUACGCGAAAAGUCAUAAAAACUAUAUAAAAGCUUCAUCUUUGGAAGCUUAUAGCAGUAUCUUUCCAAA